CCUGCUUGUUAAGGAUGAACGUCACCUUCUUUAACCACACUGUCUUUACGCGCGGAGCUUUGCUCAACCGCAGUCAAGAACUGGCGGGGACACUGGUUGGUUGCUUCACGGGUAACGGGAGCGAAGUGACCGCGAACGACGGUGGCGGGUCUUUAGUUCUCGCGCAAGAUGAGCGCAAGCUGUUCGUGACGCGCGUGGUGCAGAUCGCGGUGCUGUGCGUCCUGUCGCUCACGGUGAUGUUCGGGAUCUUUUUCCUUGGUUGCAACCUCAUGAUCAAGUCCGAAAGUAUGAUAAACUUUCUGGUCAAGGACCGGAGACCAUCCAAAGACGUCGAGGCGGUGAUGAUCGGACUGAGUUAG